CAGCGUAGUUUGAAGUUUGUAGAAACACAUAACGCGCGCUGGCUAACCUCGGUUUUCAUCAAAUCUUUAGUUCCACUUUAGUAUAUGGGAAUUCAGAGAUCUUCUGCGGAAUCACCUAUGGACGCUGACUCUACAUCUGUCAGGGUCGCUGUGAGAAUUCGACCUCAGAGUGCUAAGGAGAAAGCUGGAAUGAGUCAUAUAUGUACUACAGUUGCCUCGAAUGAACCUCAAAUAGUUAUUGGAAAAGAUGCUACGUUUACUUAUGAUCACGUUUUCAAUAUGAACGCUUGUCAGGAUCAUAUCUUCCAAACCUUGGCAAAGCCACUGAUUGAUGGCUGUAUGGAUGGAUAUAACGCAACAAUAAUAGCUUAUGGUCAGACGGGUUCUGGAAAAACAUAUACUAUGGGUACAGGUUUUGAUUUCAACUGCAGUCACACGGAUGCUGGAAUCAUUCCGCGUGCUGUCCAGUAUUUAUUUGCUAGCGUAUCAAAGCGCAGAGCUGAAGCCGCUGCAAAACAACAACCAGUUCCUGAAUUUAAGGUUGUCGCACAGUUUUUGGAGCUUUACAAUGAGGAGUUGGUUGACCUACUUGAUUCUGAAAAAAUUCAAAAACCUCAUCUAAGAUUGCAUGAAAACGCACAAGGGGAUAUAUAUUUGACCGGUGUAUCUACUAGACUUGUAUCAAGUUUGGAUGACACCCUAAAAUGUCUUCGUGAUGGCUCACUAAUCAGAAGUACAGCUAGUACUAAUAUGAAUACUCAAUCCUCUCGUUCCCACGCUAUAUUUACAUUGCACAUUAGACAACAGAGAUUAUUAAAAUAUGAAGAGGAUUCCAGUGGACAAAAGAAAGAUGUUCAGUCGGACGCAGAUCCUGAUCCUGAUUCUACAGUUACUGACCAAGUGCCUGAAUAUGAAACACUAACUGCGAAAUUUCAUUUCGUCGACCUUGCCGGCAGUGAACGUCUUAAACGAACUGGUGCUACUGGCGAUCGUGCCAAAGAGGGUAUAUCAAUCAAUCGCGGUUUAAAUAAUUAAAUAAUUUAUCAAGUUAAUUUAAUUAACACCAACUCCCUUGAAUUUAUGUUAUUCAAUAGCUUGUUAAUAAAUGGCAAACUUAUA